UAGGUAUAAACUAACCGGUGUCGACGUACAUUUUCUGUAAACUGAAAGUUUAUAUUUCGAACUUUCACGAUGCCUGUUAAAGUCGACCCCCCUCCCCCAGCCAACUCGGAGCAGCCAGGUGUAACCACGUCUCUGCUGUACAACGGAUCAAGAUUUCAGGGGCACCAGAAAAGCAAAGGAAAUUGCUACGAUGUUGAAGUUAUUCUACAGCAUGUUGACAUGCAGACAUCAUACUUGUGUGGAUACUUGAAGAUCAAGGGUUUGACCGAGGAAUAUCCAACACUGACCACAUUUUUCGACGGGGAGAUCAUCAGUGAAAAGCAUCCAUUCCUUACCCGAAAAUGGGAUGCUGAUGAAGAGGUGGAUAGAAAACACUGGGGGAAAUUUCUAUCAUUUUAUCAAUUCAAAAACUUCAACUCAGACAAGUUUGACUAUGAAGAUUUAAAGACAACAGAUUAUGUAUUUAUGAGAUGGAAGGAGCAUUUCCUUGUGCCAGACCACACUAUUAAAGACAUCAGCGGGGCUUCAUUUGCUGGCUUUUAUUAUAUAUGUUUCCAAAAGUCAACAGCAACUAUAGAAGGCUAUUAUUAUCAUAGAAGCUCAGAGUGGUACCAGUCCUUAAAUCUAACACAUGUUCCAGAGCGAAGCACAUCAGUAUACCAGUUCCGAUGAGUUGAAGGUCAUCUCCAAACUUCUGUGAUAGAAAUAUGCAUAUGUUAUAUCUUGCCUGUAGCAGGCUGUAAUGCAGAAAACUGUUGUUGUUUACUGUACCAAUAGUAAUAUUUAUAUAUAUAAAGUCUGAUGUAUUGACACUUUUUAAGUCUGCAUUCUUGUAAUGAAUUAUAUGUCAGACUAUAGAAGUAUGUGUAAUAAAGAUUUUAUUUUA